AUGUUAGCGACAUUACGAAGUGAAGUCCUAUCAAAUCGGCACAUUUUACAAAUCAGGGCAUUAAUUACGGCGGCGAAUAUCACAAAAAAUAGAUUCCGUUGGCUCUACUCUGUACGGACGCUCCGAAAUUGUAGUGUUCUUGCCGCAACCACCAAAAUGACCGGAACUCGGCUCAUUGCCAACCAACUGACAUGGACACACAAACCAGCCUUGGAACCACUUCAUUCCACGGCUCCCAAAAAGCCGGUAGAACUCAAGUACAAUCCAUUUCUCGGGAAUAGCUUUGCCGCUCUGAAUCAAGAAAAUUGUGAAUCAAAUGGGUAA